AUGAACGACAAAGACAAAGUGACUUACUACCCCGUUGACCACCAAAUAGAAAAGUACCCCGUUUCAAACAUUUCUGGUUUCUGUAACAAUGGAGACGAAUACUAUACUGUCGAUAAAGAUUCUAUUCAAGUGUAUUCGAAAGACUCACGAGUACAAAUCAACCAAUUUACAAUUCAAGGUGACAUCAUGGCUAUAAAAGCAGUGGACAACCCUCUCAAAAGUUGUUUAAUCGUUGUGCAGAAAGACGCGUUUGUUUUAGUCAAUUUACCAAAUGGCGAGAUGGAGACAUACAUAUGCGAAGGUAUUGACCAGGUUUUUACUGACAUUUUCAUCCCACAAAACCAAGAGUUUUUCUACUUCGUCGUCUCCACAAAACCAUUUUCUUUGAAAUUGAUGAGAAUUUCAAUUUUCCCAAAGAGCUCCACAUUUAUUGAAAAUAAAUUGAACGUUUUUGAGAUGGAAUCGCACAACGAUUUGGUCUCUUCAACUGAUAUCUCAUACCCAACAUUUACUAACAAACCCGCUUUUGUCGAUGCACAUUCAAGACCAUAUAUCGAGGUCUCUGAUUCAGGAAGAAAGCCAUACCCCAACGUGUUUUAUUUGGAUGACUUUGUACCCACGGUGGUCGUAUUGAAGUUUGCGAAAGACCAACUGUUUGUCACCGUCGGAGGGAAUGAUUCGGUCUUUUUUGGGUACCAAGUCUACAACCCAAUUCUCAUGUUCUCCAUGAAAAUCCCAAGUGAGAGACAUGGCGCAGUCCAGAAAAUAUUCUUUGACUUCGAGUCGCAAGUAAAAUUUGUCAAUGUUGUUGUCUACGGUAAUGACACAACUGAAAUAUUCUUCUUUUCAAUGAACGACAGCUAUGAAAUAGGAUAUGUUAACUUGCAGAUUUUCGAUAAAUUCAGACUGUUGGCUGCAAAUUCACAUGUCACAAUUAAGGAAACACUCACGUCUUUACUUCUUUUCGAUAAAACAAAUGCCGAAGUGAGACAGUACGUUUUUGAUUCACAUGGAGAGAUCAUAAGCGACAGCAACACACUCAUAAAAAUGACUUUACCAAUCAACUGCAUUGACCAGAAGGAAGGUACAAAAGAGAGUGAGAUGUACUUGCGCUACAUUGGAGAUGUUGGAGGUGUUAUAACGCCCAACUAUGUGAACAUAGUGAGUGCUGGUGAGUGGAUCAAUGUUAUGGCAACGUCUUAUCAGUUUGAAAGAUUUGUUCAAUGUGUCAAGCUGCUUCCCGUGUUGAUACUUGGAAAGGCCAAUGAUCAAAUUGUGUUGUUUUACAAGGAAGCGUGCCAGUUUGGUUUUAACUUGCCACGAAUGAAUGAUCAACAACUUUUUGUCUCGACAGCUCUUGAGAUGCUGAUUGAUACAAAUAACAUCGACCUCUUUGUUAAUGAAUUUGAAAACACAACCGAUGUUGAAAGCAUCAUUUCGGAAACCAUCUAUGAUUACUUUACUAAUUAUCACAAAACUCUGACUGAAUUUUUCGAGAGUGACAUAAUGAAGAAUAAAUUGGUCAACCAAACCAUGUUGGAGGAAAUUGAAGAAAAGUUGGCUGUUGUGAAAACAGUGAUGAUGAGACUUAAUGCGGAAAGCGACGUACUUGAGAUGCUUGAUAACAAUUUGUACUGCGUCAGAUAUUUCACGCCAUUAACCGAGUACUUGCCAGCCCUUUUGGAGAAAGAAGUCAUCCAAUGUGAUGGCUCUCUUAUUACUCCGAUGAUCGACUUGGUGAUGCCUGGGCACUCAUACCCAGUAAGCAUUGAAUUGGUUAUGGUACAUUUGUUCUCACAUAAGAUCUACCCACCACUUGAAUUAUACUUGCACUAUUUGUUCAUAGUACACGGACUUGAGAAUUAUAGAAACAAAAUUCCGGGGUUUAGUGAUCUUCCAGAGAUCGCUGAAAUAGCGUAUUUGCUUGUAGCGUUUGAUUCUGGGAACUACAACUUCUUCUUUGAAAAGACUGGGAAGAACACAAAUAUUCGAAUGGCACUUGUUACGGACAUUAUCCCAGUGAUGUACAAAUAUUACACCACACACCUGUUCAACGCACCAUCGAAGUACACCGAUUAUUUCAUUAAUUUUGCAGACGACACGGAAACUUUGAAGCUUGACUUGAAGUACUUGGUUGUGCGUAACAAAUGCAAACAAGCGAUUGGAACUGCUGCGGAGUUUUUGAGCCGAUUCAACGCGACACAACAAGAAAUACGAGAAAAUAUGCAAUACGCUUUUGACGUUGCUGUCGAAGAAGCGAAGAUCGCGGAAAUGAUGCAAGUGGUCUAUAACACAACACUUGAGCACCAAUUCAUGACAACGUGUUUGAAAAGCCGCAAAGAGGUCAUUCUCGAAUUGUUGAUGUUCUUUAUCAAUAUCAAUGAUAUUUUCUCAGCGACUUUGUUAUUUGUCCACAUCAACACGACACUUUUCAAAGAACAAGAAGACCUCAAAACGCUUCACGAGAUAUUCCAAGAAUUUGUUGACCGUUUACAAUUCAAUGAUACGCAAAGAAUCAAGGUACUUGCACUAGAUAAACAACAACUCGACGUGUUCAUCAACUCCGAGAAAGAUGUCGAUUUAGGGGAGAUCAUUUCCUCUAAAUAUUGA